CCAGAGGGGCCACGAUGGCCGGGCCCGUUGCCGCCGCCAAGACGCUGUGGUACGACCGGCCGCGCUACGUCUUCGUGGAGUUCUGCGUGGAGGACAGCCGCGACGUCCACGUGCACCUCGACGACCACCGCCUGCGCUUGAGGUGGGCCGGCGGGGCGGGGGCCGCCCGGGGGGCUCCCAUCAGCCUUGAGGGACUUGCAAUCACUCUUUGUUGUGAUUGCCAACGGUCUGCUAUUUCUCUUCAACACACUCUCUUUCAGGAUUCCCAGAACAAGCGCUCAGGCAGAUCCAUCACCGUCUUUGUGCGCAAGUGGAAGGAUAAAGUACCCUGGCCCCGACUCACCAAGGAAGAGUUUAAGGUGGGGGCCUCCGUCGUGCAUCCCUCCCACUGCACACCUGAAACGGAGCUGGGGGGGGAGGGGAUCUGCCAUG